AUGUCUCAACUGGAUAAACAAAAAAAUAUAGCUAUUCAAGCGGUUAAACGUGCUUGUCAUCUUGCAACAUCUAUUUUUAUUAAACAAAAUGAUACAAAUAAAGUUCUAUUAAAAAGAGAUUGUUCACCAGUUACAGUAGCGGAUUUUGGAGUUCAAGCAAUAAUUACUGGAAUAUUGAAAGAAGUUUUCCCAGGAGAAGCAGUUAUUGGAGAAGAAACGGUAGAUUCUAUGAUUCUACAAGAAGAAUUUUUACAAGAGGUUUGGAUGGAAGUUAAGAAGAUAUUUAAAGGAUAUAAUGAUGAGAAGAAUCUUAAAAAUAAUAAUGAAAAAAUGAUUGGAAAGAUUAAUAGUAUACAAGAUCUAGUGGAACUUGUAAGAUCUAGUGGUAAUGAGGAAGGAAUCAAUAAAAAACGUUAUUGGGUAAUUGAUCCAAUUGAUGGUACAAAAGGAUUUCUUCGAGGUGGACAAUACGCAAUUUGUUUAGCAUUAAUUGAGAAUGGUGAACCAUCUCUUGGAGUUCUUGGAUGUCCGAAUUUACAUAAUUAUAAUAUUUAUGAAGGUCAUAAUGUAGAGACAGGAGUGAUUUUCUAUGCUAGUAAGGGAGAGGGUGCAUACCAAAGAAUAUUGAAUGAAAAUGGGGAAAUUUUGAUUCAUACAAGAAAUAAAGAAAAUAUUCAAGAUGCUCGUGUUUGUCAAAGUCUUGCACCGGGUCAUAGUGCUUUAGAAAUACAUAAAAGAAUUAUGAAUACCUUAGGAAUUACGAGUCAACCUAUUGAGGUAGAUUCUCAAGUAAAAUAUGCCAUGUUAGCACGUGGGGAAUGUGAUAUUUAUCUUCGUCUGCCUAAUCAUCCAGAUUAUCAUGAAAAAAUUUGGGAUCAUGCAGCAGGUGCUUUAAUUGUUCAAGAAGCAGGUGGAAUAGUUACUGAUGCCUAUGGAAAGACAUUGGAUUUUAGUAAAGGUAAGAGGCUUUCAGAAAAUUAUGGUAUUGUGGCAGCAUCAAAGUGUUUGCAUGCCAAGGUUUUGGAAGCGGUAAUGUCUAUAUUAAAAAAACAGUAA